GUCACAGCUGAAGUUUGACCUGGGAGUUUGCUAGCAAAGGAACUGAAAUGGUUCUUCAACACAGGAUUUCAUUGUUGCUCCUCUUCUGUUCAUCACUUGUGUUUGCUGGAGGUAAUUCCACCGAGGCUCCCUGUGAUCGUCGCUGUCUGGCAAAUGCUCGGGUUCAGAAAGAACUGUUUAGUGCGCCACAGAAUGAUAAUUGUACCAUUGUAGUGAACGUCACUUCAAUACAAUAUGAGACAUUGUCUUUCGAUACAAAGGCCAUGGAAAUGACCAGCCGUAUCAAGAUAAACAUGGAAUGGAAGGAUCCUGAUCUUGGAUGGAUGCAAGAGAGGUCUAGAUAUCCAACAAUUGUUCUGCCUGCAGAUAAAAUCUGGAUUCCUCGGAUAGUUUUGGACAACGCAAUAGAAACAACCAUAGAGCUGUACACUAAUGAUGUACAGGUGAGGCGGGAUGGAACUGUGGGCCAUGCGGUUGUUUUGUUCACAACAGUGAGCUGUGAAAUCAACCUCUUCAACUACCCCUUUGUGACGGGGUCGUGCCCUGUGGCCAUCAAUGGAUGGAGCCAGAAAACUUGCUCGCUCACACUCCAGAUCGCUGAUAAUGUGUCUUUGGUUAGCGGCAGUGGAGAAGAAUGGCAGACUACCAGCGUGAACAAAAUUGUGGAUUCAUCAAAUCGUGCUUAUCUCCUAGUCGCUCUGUCGAUUAAUCCCUUUAGUGCUUUUGUGACCCUGAUCCUGCCCAGUGCACUGGUACUGCUGGCUGACUUAGUGAGCUUUGCUCUGCCAUUUGAAGGAGGAGAACGCAACUCUUUUAAGGUCACCUUGGUCCUCAGCUUCACCAUGUUCCUCCUCAUCCUCAACGGGCACCUGCCUAACGGUGGAAGCUGUAGCCCCCUCCUCCAUUACCACUUCAGCUUCUGUCUGGUGUGUUUGGUCAUGAGUAUGCUGGCCUCCAUAGUGCUAACACGUCUGUCUGUAGAAGACAGCCUCUUGGUGUGCAGACGCUCCAACAAGGUUCAUUCAUGUAACACCAACACACAAAAUGACGACCUGGAUCAGGAAAAAGACAGAGGUAUGAUUACAACAAAGUCUGGUGAUCUGGCUUCAGAGAUGGCUUCGCUCCAGAAAAUAGUGAACUUUUUGGAGGACAUGGAUAAAGUAGAAAAGGAGGCGCAGCGUAAAGUGGCAUUUGCUUACUUCCUAGACAAAUUCUGCUUUGGCUUUUUUAUAAUCAUCUACAUAAUUUAUGCCAUAAUUCUUAUUAUUAUCACCCGAACAGACAUUUGUAAGGUUAAUAAUCUAGACUUCUGGGAUGAUUCCCACCGUGAAGAUGACUACUAUGACUACUCAUAUGUAUACCCAUAGUCAAUUUCAUUGCACUGUAGUUUUUCAGAUCAGGGGCCAGAUACA